AUGCUACGAUUCAAGCCUCAAAUUCGAAAGUUUUGCACGAAUCUGGCAUUGUUAAACAAACAAAGUUUCUCCAAGACUUUGUUACUUCCAAAAACUCCAUUUGGACCAAAGAUUCCAAGAGGUGAUGCAAGAGAAUCUUUGAUUAAACAACUGUCUCAAGAUUUAUAUGAAUGGCAACGAUCUGCAAAAAGUGGAAAACUCGAGUUUGUUCUACAUGAUGGACCUCCUUAUGCCAACGGUGAUUUGCAUUUGGGACAUGCCUUGAAUAAGAUCACUAAGGAUAUCAUCAACCGUUACCAGUUAAUUUUCAAGGACAAGCUCAUCAACUAUCGUCCCGGAUGGGAUUGUCAUGGACUACCAAUUGAAAUGAAAGUUGAAUCUUUGGGUAAGAAGUUUAGUUCUGCAGUGGAAAUUAGAAAAGCGUGUCGAGAAUGGGCCAAAACAAUGAUUGACAGACAAAGAGAGCAGUUCAAAGAGUAUGCCAUUAUGGCUAACUUUGAAAACCCUUAUAUAACAAUGGACCACAAUUAUGAAAUUAAUCAGUUGAAGAUAUUUGUCAAAUUAAUUGAAAAUGGGUUGUUAUCUCAACAAUUAAAACCUGUAUGGUGGGGGUGUGAAACACAAACGGCGUUGGCUGAAGCAGAAUUGGAAUAUAAUGACAAACAUAAAUCUGUUGCCAUACAUGUUAAAUUUCCAGUCACUAGUGAUAAACUUUAUGACUAUGUCAAUUCUAAGGGUUACAAUGUUAAACAAGGAGAUUUGAAAUUAUUGAUUUGGACAUCUACCCCUUGGACAAUUCCUGCAAAUAAAGCCAUCUGUAUCAACAGGGAUAUGAUUUAUACUUUGCUCCUGGAUGGGAAAGAAACCUUGGUAGUUGCAAAGUCAUUAGCUGAAGAUGUCUUGAAAAUCGACGACCUGUAUCAGUUAUUGGAUAUUGAAUUUCCGGGUUCUGUUGUUGAAGGUAAUGAUUACAUUAACCCAGCCGCUGAAGAUUCAAUCAAACGUCCAGUGUUACAUGGAGACCAUGUCGUUGAAACUGCAGGUACUGGAUUAGUCCAUAAUGCUCCCUCCCAUGGACGAGAAGAUUAUCUUGUUGGAAAGAAGAACGAGUUAGUUAUGGAUUCUGCAGUGGAUAACCAAGGAAAGUAUAUUGUCAAUGCAUUGGCCCCAGGGUUUAAGAAAUUAGGAGAUGUAAAAGUAACAGAAAUCAGAACCAAUGUGUUAUGUGCAAACAUUUUGGAGGAGAAUGGCAUGCUUUUUCAUAUGAACAAAAAAUUUGCCCAUUCUUAUCCAUAUGAUUGGAGAUCUAAAACUCCAGUAAUUCAAAGAGCUACACCACAGUGGUUUGUCAAUGUUGAGAAAAUAAAGCCUUAUGCCAUAGAAGCGCUUUCAAAAGUCAAUUUUUACCCCGAAUCUGGAAGUAACAGAUUAACCCUGUUUGUUGAAAAUAGAAAUGAGUGGUGUAUCUCACGUCAAAGAGUUUGGGGUGUUCCGCUUCCAAUUGUGUAUGAAAAAGAUACCGGUAAGCCAAUUUUAGAUCCAACUGUCAUAAAUCACAUAGUCAACAAGCUUGAGAUGUAUGGUACUGAUGAAUGGUUUGUGACUGAAGAUGAAGACGUUUCUAGAUGGUUACCAGUCGAAAUGGAUGGAACUGGGUAUUAUAAGGGUAAAGACACAAUGGAUGUUUGGUUUGACUCUGGUACAUCAUGGAGUACAUUAAAGUCGAAUUUAGAGGAAUGUGCUGAAUCAGAAGCACCACUUGCUGAUGUCUACUUGGAAGGAAGUGAUCAACAUCGUGGUUGGUUCCAAUCAUCACUCUUAAAUAAAAUAAUAUAUUCUGGAAAUAAGGGUACAUCCUUCAAAUCGGUUGCUCCGUUUAAAACUGUCAUUACUCAUGGUUUCAUUACCGAUGGAAAGGGUCAAAAGAUGUCGAAAUCAAUUGGAAAUGUAUUCUCUCCUAAAGAAGCCAUUGAAGGGUGCAAAAAGCCAUUGACUCCAUAUCUUGGUACUGAUGGUUUGCGUUUGUGGGUUGCAUCAUCCAACUACAGACAAGAUGUUAGCUUCACACCUGAAGUUUUAACAAGAGUAUCUGAAGUUGGGAAAAAAUAUAGAAUCACUUUCAAGUAUUUGUUAGGUAAUCUCCAUGAUUUUGUUGAACCGGUUGCCUAUGAACAAUUGAGUGACUUGGACAAGUAUAUCUUACAUUCCUUGUAUGAAUUGAAAAGUUCUUGUGUGGGAUUUUACGACGAGUUCAAUUUUUCACGUGUUGUUGCAGCAAUCAAUACCCAUGUAAAUUCAGUAUUGAGUGCUAUCUAUUUUGAUGUUUCCAAAGAUUGUCUUUACACUGAUAAGGUAGAUUCCUUGAGAAGAAGAUCCAUACAAACAGUACUUAAUGAAAUUAUGAAAACCUAUUUAGCAUUAUUGGCCCCUAUUCAGCCCUUAUUAACACAAGAAGUAUGGUCAGAAUAUUCCAAAAUAGCCAAUUUAUCUGAAGAUUCUGUAUUCAAAGUUGAUUCCGAAUUUCACGAAUUACCUGAAGUUUAUCAUAACAAUCCACUUAAUGAGACAUUUGCUUUCUUUUUUGAAUUGAGAGAUGAGGUAUUUAAAAUAAUUGAAAAAUUAAAAGAACAGAAAGUAUUCAAGAAUAAAUUAGAACUUGAGAUUUUAUUGUCAGCCAAGAAUGACUCCAAAAUAUUCCAAUUUUUGAAGGCAAAUGAAUCAUACCUCGAUGACUUGUUUCUAGUAUCAAGUGUUAAAUUGAUUGACGGUGAGCUUGAUUCCAAAUAUGAAUUGAAUGGUGAAACUGUGCUGAUUAAAGUUCAACAUUCUCAAAACUGUAAAUGUCCAAGAUGCUGGAAAUUUACUUCUCCGGCUGAAAACAAAUUAUGUGGAAAGUGUGAAGAUGUCGUCAAUGGAUCGACAUAA